AUGGAGAUUAUUGAAGAAUCGAUUCCACCACCGGGCUUGCUCACGGGAGGCAACGCGCAAGAAUUAUUGGCGGGUCAACCGCUCACCACUCAGGGGGGUAACCGUCGUCGUAAUGGCGCCCCUUGCCCUCAUCCGCGCGAUGAACCGGAAUCGAGCGUACAACCAAAGGAUACAAGGGGUUCAGACGAUCCACUAACCCGAGGUUUUGAGAAAAUUAUGUCCAGAUUCGAUAAAUUGGAAUUCCAAUUGGAGUCUACCGAUCAACGCGUGGAUAAUCUGGAGGGACCGAUGCUGCCCGAUCCAGACCCUCCCUAUUUCUCUGAGGAUGCCGAAUUGGAGGGGUAUCGUGAUCGGCUUGAAUUCUCGGCUGACGAUGGCCCGGUCCCCCAGUUUUUCAACCACGGCCAGCGUGCUCGUGGUGGGGACCUCCGCCAACGACGAGGGAUGCAGCGUGAUAAAAUCCGGCGCGAGGGUCGCCGCCCAUAUCAGCCAUCGCCCCCCAUCCCUCGCCGCGAUCGUCGCUACCCAACACAAAGGACAAACUGGGAUAGACCGAACGAUCGUUAUCCCCCCGAUCUCGACCGCGGUUUUCACGGCUAUCGCCAGCCCACGUCUUGGGAUUCUCCCCUGACCCGGCCUACUUACCAACCGGGCAGAGGAGACCGACCUAAAGAUCUCAACAUGAAGGCGCCUCGUUUUGAUGGAUCGGACGCCUCAAAUUGGAUUUCACGACCCCCAGCUGCUGAGUGGAUUUUUAAUUACCGAGACAAUAACCCAUAUGUGACGUGGCUCGAGUUUUUGGAAGACGUUCGCCACAGGUUUGAUCCACAAAGUUUUCGGAAUAGCAUUGGGCCACUUUCCAAGCUUGCUCAAACAGGAUUCGUCGCUGAAUACCAUGAGGCCUUUGAACGUUAUCUCAAUCGGGUUCAAGGCUUAUCCGAGGAGGCACUAAUACCAAUUUUUAUUACAGGUCUUAAAGAGCCCAUCCAGGAGAAGGUGGAGUUACAACAACCGGUAUCUCUGGCCGAGGCAAUGGCAUUAGCACUGAGACUUGCGGCUUCACGCGAGGAACGGCACCCCCAGCCGAAUCGCAGCAAAUGGGGCAGCCGCGAAUCGCGAUACACUGCUGCCACCCAGAACACGCCUGCUGGGCAGGCCGGUCUGCCUCCCAAGGAUGCCACUAAGCCCAGCUUCAAACCAAUUCGAGUUUCAAACGCGGAGAAGGCGGACCGCUCACGGAAAGGGCUAUGCUAUCACUGUCCGGAGAAAUGGAUACCUGGGCACGUUUGCAAGCAGAAAAUGUUAUCAUAUAUCGGCGAGGACGAUGACGACCAAUCUGAUAAUUCAGAUUUUUACGAGGAGGAUGACGCAGUGAUCAGGGCCGAUUUGUCACACCUACACACCUUGACUGGUGGCGGCACAGCUCGACCGUUCAAUGUCUUUGGCACAAUCGGGCAGACCCCUGUCAGCAUCCUCAUUGAUACGGGCAGUACCCAUGAUUUCCUUCACCCUAGAGUGGCGGAGCAAUUGCAGUUGGCCUUAACUCCUAUUCGACCCUUCCGGGUGUAUGUAGGCAACGGUGCCUCGUUGGUUUGCUUACAUAUAGCACGCCGUACCAAACUUUCGGUGCAAGGAGUCGACUUUCUCAUAGAUCUUCACAUCAUGGAAGUGCACGGCCCGGAUAUUGUGUUGGGAAUGGCGUGGUUGGAGUCAUUGGGAAAAAUUUCCGCUGAUUUUGUAGGAAAAACCUUGGAAUUCUGUCAAAAUGGGGUCCGAGUGGCUAUACACGGAGUUCAGCCUGCGCCACGCCUCAUCUCGUUGCAAUCACUAGCUAUGCUCACCUCCCAUUCGCCGACACACGAGUUUUAUGAGAUCAUCCCAGUGGAGUCAGAGGGGGACGCAAUUCUGCUGGCAGCGGAGGAGGAUUUUCCUCCUACAAUUCAACCGGAGGUUCGAACCAUGUUGGAGACAUUUAGGCAGGUUUUUACCAUGCCAACAGGCAUGCCUCCACGCCGGGAGUUUGAUCACCGCAUUCACCUGCUACCCAAUUCUAAGCCGGUCAAUGUGCGGCCGUACAGGUAUCCAUACUUUCAGAAGAAUGAAAUCGAGCGGCAGGUGCGGGAAAUGCUUGAUCAGGGAAUUAUUCAACGCAGUCAUAGCCCGUUUUCAUCACCGGUAUUAUUAAUCAGGAAGAAAGAUGGCACUUUCAGAUUUUGCAUCGACUAUAGGGCUCUAAAUUUAGCGACAGUGCCCGACCAUUUUCCUAUUCCGAAAGCGGAUGAACUCUUUGAUGAGCUUGGGCAGGCGAAAUUUUUCACGAAAUUAGACUUACGGUCGGGCUACCAUCAGAUACGGAUGCAUGACGCCGAUGUCUUCAAAACGGCUUUUCGAACUCAUGACGGGCAUUUUGAAUUCUUGGUCAUGCCUUUCGGCCUUACUAAUGCCCCGUCUACUUUUCAAGCUGCGAUGAAUGCGAUUUUUCAACCGUUGCUAAGGAAAUGUGUGAUUGUAUUCUUCGACGACAUACUGGUCUACAACUCAUCCUUAGCAGAUCAUUGUUCUCACUUGACAGAAGUAUUAAACUUGCUCCAAAAAAAUCAGUUCUUCGUCAAACUUUCCAAGUGCUCCUUCUGCAGCACGACAGUUGAGUAUCUGGGGCACCUAGUUUCCGACGGGGUUCUCAAAGCGGACCCUACUAAAAUCGAGGCCAUGACUACUUGGCCUCCACCGAAGACGGUUAAGCAAUUGCGUGGAUUUUUGGGAUUGACGGGCUAUUACCGUCGUUUCGUAGCGAAUUACGCCAUGAUUGCAGCUCCCCUCACGGAUCUGCUCAAAAAGGAGGCCUUCGCGUGGUCACUGGUGGCGGAAGAGGCGUUCACUGCCCUCAAGGGAGCGAUGACUACAACCCCUGUUUUGAGCCUUCCGGAUUUUGACAAGCAGUUCUGUAUUGAGACCGACGCCUCGGAUGUUGGCAUUGGGGCAGUCCUACUUCAAGAUAAACACCCCAUUGCUUUUUAUAGCAAGAAAUUGGGACCACAGCGUCGGGUAGCCUCGACGUAUCACAAGGAGUUGUAUGCAAUCGUGGAGGCGGUGCAGAAAUGGAGACAGUAUCUCCUCGGCCGAGAUUUCAUUAUUCGUUGUGAUCAGAAAAGUCUAAAAGAUCUCCUGCAGCAGGUGGUGCAGACCCCAGAUCAACAUCUUUAUGUGAGGAAAUUGAUGGGGUAUCGAUUCACGAUCGAGUACAAAAAGGGGAGCACCAACAAGGUUGCGGAUGCCUUGUCCCGCCGUGAGGAUAGUGGGGACUCCUCAGGCACUGGCGAGCCACGGGAGCUGACCGGUGUAGGUGAUCAACCCCUGGAGCAGUGGCCAUCGGAUGGACCAACAUUUCUGGCUGCCAUCGGCCAUCCGGUUCCCAAAAUUAUGGAGCUCUUGCGUGCGGAGACAGCGAGCUUGCCUGACCUCUGUGCGCUGGUCGCCCAAAUUAAGGCUGGCACUGCACCAGCCCAUCUGUCAUUCGUUGACGGCCUUGUUUAUUUCAAGCGCUGA